AUUUUUUUUUUCGCUUUCAUCGUUCAAGAAAAGUAUUGCAGAGUACUCUCACACACAACUCACUCUCAGUCUCAGCACAUGAAUUAAUUUGAAGCUUCUCGAAAUUUCUGUUCACAUCAUUUAACACGACACCGUCUUCGGGUGAAGGAAUCUCUUCUCUCUUUUGCCCUAAAGCGAGUUAGGGUUUAACACACAAGUAUAACCUUUUUGAUUUGUGUCUCUUUGCUCUGUUUUUGUCGGCUUGUGUAACCGAUCAACUCAAGCUAUUGGCUCCUCACACCCUGAAAUUUGACUUCUCCAAUGGAUCUCAAAGCUUCUCUUAUAUGAAUCAUCUCCCCACCCUCACAAUAUCUUUAUAUAUGAGCCACAAGAACAAGACCCAGUAGCUGCGGCGGCCAUGGACGGUGGUUACGAUCAAACCGGAGGAAAUUCUAGAUACUUUCACAACCUCUUCAGACCUGACCUUCAUCACCAACUUCAACCUCAGCCUCAUCUCCACCCUCUGCCUCAACCUCAACCUCAACCUGAGCCUCAGCAACAACAAUCAGAUGAUGAAUCUGACUCCAACAAGGAUCCAGGUUCCGACCCGGUUACCUCGAGUUCAACUCCUGGGAAGCGUCCACGUGGGCGUCCUCCGGGAUCUAAGAACAAGCCGAAGCCACCGGUGAUAGUGACAAGAGAUAGCCCCAACGUGCUUAGAUCUCAUGUUCUUGAAAUCUCAUCUGGAGCCGACAUAAUUGAGUGCGUUAACACUUACGCUCGCCGGGGAGGAAAAGGUGUCUCCAUUCUCAGUGGUAACGGCACGGUAGCUAACGUCAGCAUCCGUCAGCCGGCAACGGCUCAUGCGACUAAUGGUGGAGCCGGAGGUGUUGUUUCUUUACAUGGAAGGUUUGAGGUGCUUUCCAUCACUGGUACGGUGUUGCCACCGCCUGCGCCCCCAGGAUCCGGUGGUCUUUCUGUCUUUCUUGCCGGCACACAAGGUCAGGUGGUCGGAGGAUACGCGGUGUCUCCGCUUGUGGCUUCGGGUCCAGUGGUACUAACGGCUGCAUCGUUCUCUAAUGCAACUUUCGAACGGCUUCCGCUUGAGGAUGAAGGAGGAGAAGGCGGAGGAGGAGAAGUUGGAGAGGGAGGUAGUGGAGCAGGAGGUGGUGGUCCACCGCAGGCCACGUCGGCAUCUUCACCACCGUCUGGAGCUGGUCAAGGACAGUUAAGAGGUAACAUGAGUGGUUAUGAUCAGUUUGCCGGUGAUCCUCAUGUGCUUGGUUGGGGAGCCGCAGCCGCUCCAAGACCACCUUUUUAGAAUUGAAAAUUAUGUCCGUAACAUAGCUGUAACCAAAUUUCAUUUUUCAUAAUAAAAAAAAAAAAAAAAAAUCAUUCUAUGGUAACAACUUCUUCUUGAUAAUUUGAGGUUCGUUUGGUUUUAAUAUAGUUGAUCAUAUUUGAAAUA